GCACAUAGCACUUCCCGCCACGAUUUUAUUUAUAAACAAAGUCGCUUGUUAAUUGCUUACUGCAUGGACACUGCAUGUAGAGAUCUGUAUAGUCAUGCAAGUGGAUCUGGAGCCGGGCGUCAUCCGGAAGCUGGACGAGGUGGUGGUCAAUCGCAUUGCCGCAGGCGAAAUCAUCCAGCGACCGGCCAACGCGCUGAAGGAGCUGCUGGAGAAUAGUUUGGACGCCAAAUCGAGCCACAUUCAGGUGCACGUCAAGUCCGGUGGCCUGAAGCUGAUGCAGAUCCAGGACAACGGCACGGGCAUACGCAGAGAGGACUUGGAAAUAGUCUGCGAACGCUUCACCACCUCGAAGCUUGCGAAAUUCGAGGAUCUCUCGCAGAUAGCCACAUUCGGCUUUCGCGGCGAGGCGCUGGCGAGCAUCAGUCAUGUGGCUCACCUAACAAUUCAAACCAAGACGGCACAGGAGCGCUGCGGCUACAAGGCCACCUACGCCGAUGGCCGGCUGCAGGGCCAGGCCAAACCGUGUGCCGGCAAUCAGGGCACCAUCAUCACCAUCGAGGAUCUGUUCUACAACAUGCCGCAACGGCGGCAGGCGCUCAAGUCGCCCACGGAUGAGUUCCAGAAGCUCUCCGACGUUUUGGCCAAGUAUGCGGUGCACAAUCCCCAGGUGGGCUUCACCCUGCGCAAACAGGGCGAGGCGCAGCCCUCACUGAAGACGUCCGUGGCCAGUUCGCGCGAGGAGAACAUUCGCAUCAUCUAUGGCGCUGGCAUCUCCAAGGAGCUGCUGCACUUCAGCCACCAGGAUGAGGUGUACAAGUUCGAGGUGGAGUGUCUGCUCACCCAAGUCAAUUACUCGGCAAAGCGCAGCCAGAUGCUGCUGUUCAUCAAUCAGCGGCUCGUGGAGUCGCCAGCUCUCAAGUGUGCCGUGGAUGCUGUUUACGCCACUUACCUGCCGCGCGGCCAUCAUCCCUUUGUGUACAUGAGCCUGAGGCUGCCGCCGCAGAAUCUGGACGUGAACGUGCACCCCACCAAGCACGAGGUGCACUUUCUCUACCAGGACGAGAUCGUGGAACGGCUCAAGGAGCAGGUGGAGGCCCAACUGCUGGGCAGCAAUGCUACCAGAACGUUCUACAAGCAGCUCAAGCUGCCCGGCGCCACGGAGCUGGACGAAACGCAGUCGGUGGACAAGACGCAGCGCAUCUAUCCCAAAGAACUUAUUCGCACCGAUUCCACUGAACAAAAGCUGGACAAGUUCCUGGCGCCCAUCAGGAAGAGCGACUCUGGGCUGUCCUCCAGCUCUUUGGGAACUGACAUUUCGUCCCAGGAGACGCCAAGCGAAACGAGUGCCUCACAUGAGGAGGAGAGCUUCCGCGUGGUAGCUGCCCGCAAGGCGCGGGAAGUGCGCCUGAGCAGUGUGCUGGACAUGCGACAGAGCGUGGAGCGACAGUGCAACAUUCAGCUGAGAAACAUCCUCAAAAAUCUGGUCUACGUGGGCUGUGUGGACGAGCGUCGGGCCCUGUUUCAGCACGAGACGCGCCUCUACCUGUGCAACACGCGAGCCUUCAGCGAGGAGCUGUUCUACCAGCGAUUGGUCUACGAGUUCCAGAACUGCUCCGAGAUCAGUGUAACGCCACCGCUGCCGCUGCAGGAGUUGCUAAUGAUUGCGCUGGACAGCGAGGCGGCUGGCUGGACGCCCGAGGAUGGAGACAAGGCCGAACUGGCCUCCAGCGCUGCGCAGAUUCUCCAGCAGAAGGCACCCAUAAUGAAGGAGUAUUUCGGUCUGCGCAUAUCCGAGGAUGGACUGAUCGAGUCGCUGCCCAGCCUGCUGGCCCGACACAAGCCGAGUGCCACACAUCUACCCGUCUACUUGCUGCGCCUGGCCACCGAGGUGGACUGGGAGCAGGAGGCCAAGUGCUUUGAGACCUUUUGUCGCGAGACAGCCCGUUUCUAUGCCCAGCUGGAGUGGCAGGAGGACGCGACGUCCGGUCACCAGAACUGGCACACCGAACACGUGCUCUUUCCGGCGCUGAAGAAGUACUUACUGCCGCCGGCGCGUCUUCGGCAGCAGAUCUACGAGCUCACCAAUCUGCCCACGCUCUACAAGGUAUUCGAGCGGUGUUAGCAUCAAAGUUCCAUUUUUUGUUUGCUAA